AUGGCUCAACUUCGUAUCCUCCAGGUGCUGUGGCCAGCCCUAAUCUGCAGCUUGUUUAUAAUAGUCCAAGCCAAACAACCGCCACAAGCAACUGUUGAGAAUGGAACAUACGCUGGCAUUCAUAACAGCCACUAUAACGUGGAUUACUUCCUGGGAAUUCCCUUCGCUCAGCCACCGGUUGGGGAUCUGCGAUUAGCACCACCAGCACCACUGAAUCAGUCCUUUUCUGUUGUGCGCAAUGCCACAAAGAUGCAGCCUGCCUGUGUUCAGUUCUUGGCGGCAACCAUCGAUCGUCCGGUAUCUGAGGACUGUCUGACUCUCAAUGUCUAUAGACCGUCUGGCUACGAGAACCAGACCCUUCCAGUUCUUGUUUGGAUCUACGGUGGGGGCUACGUCCAAGGGAGCAAUAGCGACCCAAGGUACAACCUUACAUUCAUCGUGAACAAUUCAGUCCGGAUGAACAAGCCCAUCAUCGCCGUGGCCCUCAACUAUCGCCUGAAUGGAUUUGGCUUCAUGGGAGGUCCUGUCAUCAGGGAGCAAGGCCUUGCAAACCUCGGACUGCGCGACCAACGCCUCGCUCUGCAGUGGAUCCAGGAGAACAUCCAUUCCUUUGGUGGCGAUCGUACAAAGGUCACCAUCUGGGGCCAGUCUGCCGGAGCAGGGAGCGUGGGAUCCCAGCUGCUGGCAUACGGAGGACGCGACGACUCGCUAUUCCGCGCUGCAAUUGCAGACAGUGGCGGUCCCUUGGGAUUCCAAGGGCCAUCCAGCGAUGCACAAUUGGACUCGUGGAACGCGGUCUUACGCCUUACUGGAUGUUCGGGCUCUUCUGAUCCCUUGUCCUGCUUGCGGGGAGUCAGUUCGACCAACUUCACCUCUGCAGUCAAUGCCUCCGGAGCCAGAUUCGGACCAUUCUAUGAUGGUGACUUUCUGCAAACAUACAGCUCCGCACAGCUAUCAAAAGGGCAGUUUGUCAAGGUGCCGUUGCUGACCGGCAGUAACACGGACGAGGGAACCGGAUUUGCAGGAGACUCGCCCUAUAUCGGAGCCUUACCAGAGACUUCAUAUCCCAACGAAACAUCGUUCCUCGCCGUUGUCAAUGGUUCAAUCGUAGAUUCCUCACCUACAGCACUGGCAGUCAUUUCAGCUCUGUAUCCUAACAUCCCAGCUAUCAACGUCCCCCACACCCACCACGGCCCUUUGAACUCAACAUUUGGAUCUCAUUACGGCCGCGUUGCGACAUUUUCAGGAGACAACUCCAUCCACCGAGGCCGUCGAAUGGCCUCCCAGAUGUGGACAAAAUACAAUACCCCGGUAUAUUCUUACCUCUUCGACCAGUGGCCGAUCGGCGGACUCCCCAAUACAACAGGCACCACGCAUUUUACCGAAGUCCCCCUCAUCCACGACAACGAGGUUGGGAAUGGCUUCGAGGCACCGUGGUAUCCGGCCGGCAGCGAAUUCGCAGGGAUGGAUCAGGACUUUUACUCCCUAGCGCGGCUUAUGAGCCGCAUGUGGAUUUCCUUUGUGCAUGAUCUCGACCCGAAUGAGCACGGUGUUAGUGAGUACAACAGUCAUCCAAUUCCUAGGUGGACCCCAUAUGCAAAUAAUGAGAGGGAUGCGUUGGAUGGCUAUGGUGUGAAUCUGCGGUUCCUCUCGACGCUCCCAGGACUGGCAGAGCUGCAACCGGAUACCUGGCGGGCGGAGGCGAUUCAGUAUCUGAACGAGAACUCAUAUGCUCUUUUUGGCGUUUAGUAUUCAGGGGGGACAUAGCUAGGUAGAAUAAUAUGAGAUUCCC